AUGCCUAAGCGUCAGCAUGAACCCACCAACACUCUCAUCAUCACAUCGCUGCCUCAACCUUUUUUCCAUCCUUCUGUGCUCGAUCCGCUCCGGGACUACUUUGAGACCUAUGGUCCCUUGCACUCUUGGGCCCCCAUAAAAGGUUUCGGACGAGUCAUUGCAGUCUUCCACAAUACGGAUGAUGCCGAGCGAUUAAGGCACGAUUGCGACGGACUUCGGGUUGGGGAUGGGGAAUCAACGCUAAAGACUCUCAGAAUAUAUCGCGGCGAUUUUACACCCACCUCUCCAACAAGACCAGAAUUCUUCCAUCUCCAAGUUCCAUCUAAUCCUCGGAAUCAGCUUAUCUCCCCUCCUGGAUCGCCUCCGAUUGGUUGGGAACAAAUCGUGGAAGAACCUCCGAACACCGCGACACUGGCAGCGGACCUAAUCGCUGCUCUAAAUAGACUUCAACUGAGCCACGGAAACGGUACCCGACGCACCGCAGAUGGGAAAGAGGUCCUCCUAGGGCUAGGGCCAGAUGAUGCGGCUGGAUAUACCAUUCUUCUCGAUGACACACAUGCGCCAACCUCCCCUUCCUUCGAAAUCGAAAUCGAUGAGGAUAUGGCAGAGCCACUUCAGGAAGAGGAAGGCAGAGAUUCAAUGAAAGCCAAGCUGUUGGGCGGAUAUCGCAGGUCAAGGCGACUGCUGCCAGUAUGGGACUAG